GCUCCGCCCCUCGCCAGGCCGCCCCCUCCGCGGCUGCAGGCAGAGCUCACCCGGCUCUGCGGACGCCGCCACCUUCGUCGCCUCUUCCUCCUGCUGCAGGCGUGUGGGGCCGCGCCCCGCGGCUGCGCUGCCCUGGGUGGGCGGCGGGGUCCGCACGACUGCUGAGCGCUCGCUCGGCAGAGCCCGAUCUUCCGCCUGCGCGGCGCAGUGACAGGUGCAGAGUCUGGGCUGCAGAUCCACCUGCGGCCGUCGCCACGAUGCCCACCAUGCGGAGGACCGUGUCGGAGAUCCGCUCCCGCGCGGAGGGUUAUGAGAAGACUGAUGAUGUUUCAGAGAAGACUUCACUGGCUGACCAGGAAGAAAUACGGACAAUAUUCAUCAACCAGCCCCAGCUGACAAAAUUCUGCAAUAACCAUGUCAGCACUGCAAAAUACAACAUAAUCACAUUCCUUCCAAGAUUUCUCUACUCUCAGUUCAGAAGAGCCGCCAAUUCAUUUUUUCUCUUUAUUGCACUGCUUCAGCAAAUACCUGAUGUAUCACCAACAGGUCGCUAUACAACACUGGUUCCUCUCUUAUUUAUUUUAGCUGUAGCAGCUAUCAAAGAGAUAAUAGAAGAUAUUAAACGACAUAAAGCUGACAAUGCAGUGAACAAGAAACAGACACAAGUGUUGAGAAAUGGUGCUUGGGAAAUUGUGCACUGGGAAAAGGUAAAUGUUGGAGAUAUAGUUAUAAUAAAAGGCAAAGAGUAUAUACCUGCUGACACUGUACUUCUCUCAUCAAGUGAGCCCCAGGCCAUGUGCUACAUUGAAACAUCCAACUUAGAUGGUGAAACAAACUUGAAAAUUAGACAGGGCUUACCAAUAACAUCAGAAAUAAAAGACAUUGACAGUUUGAUGAGAAUUUCUGGCAGGAUCGAGUGUGAAAGUCCAAACAGACAUCUCUACGAUUUUGUCGGAAACAUAAGGCUUGAUGGACACGGCACUGUUCCCCUGGGAGCAGAUCAGAUUCUUCUUCGAGGCGCUCAGCUGAGAAAUACACAGUGGGUUCAUGGAAUAGUUGUCUACACUGGACAUGACACCAAGCUGAUGCAGAAUUCAACAAGUCCACCACUUAAACUCUCAAAUGUGGAACGGAUUACAAAUGUACAAAUUUUGAUUUUGUUUUGUAUCUUAAUUGCCAUGUCCCUUGUCUGUUCUGUGGGCUCAGCCAUUUGGAAUCGAAAGCAUUCUGGAAAGGACUGGUAUCUCAAUCUACACUAUGGUGGUGCUAAUAAUUUUGGGCUGAAUUUCUUGACCUUCAUCAUCCUUUUCAACAAUCUCAUUCCUAUCAGCUUGUUGGUUACAUUAGAAGUGGUGAAAUUUACACAGGCAUACUUCAUAAACUGGGAUCUUGACAUGCACUAUGAACCCACAGACACUGCUGCUAUGGCUCGAACAUCUAAUCUGAAUGAGGAACUUGGCCAGGUAAAAUACAUAUUUUCUGACAAAACUGGUACUCUGACAUGCAACGUCAUGCAGUUUAAGAAGUGCACCAUAGCUGGAGUUGCUUAUGGCCAUGUCCCUGAACCUGAGGAUUAUGCCUGCUCUCCUGAUGAAUGGCAGAGCUCACAGUUGGGAGACGAAAAAACAUUUAGUGAUUCAUCAUUGCUGGAAAAUCUCCAAAACAAUCAUCCAACUGCACCUAUAAUAUGUGAAUUCCUUACAAUGAUGGCAGUUUGUCACACAGCAGUACCAGAGCGAGAAGGCGAUAAGAUUAUUUAUCAAGCAGCAUCUCCAGAUGAGGGAGCCUUGGUCAGAGCAGCCAAGCAAUUGAAUUUUGUUUUCACUGGAAGAACACCUGACUCAGUGAUUAUAGAUUCACUGGGGCAAGAAGAAAGAUACGAAUUGCUCAAUGUCCUGGAGUUCACCAGUACUAGAAAAAGAAUGUCAGUGAUUGUUCGCACUCCAUCCGGGAAGUUACGACUUUACUGCAAAGGAGCUGACACUGUAAUUUAUGAUCGACUGGCGGAGACUUCAAAAUACAAAGACAUUACACUAAAACAUUUAGAGCAGUUUGCUACAGAAGGGCUAAGAACUUUAUGUUUUGCUGUGGCUGAGAUUUCAGAGAGCAACUUUCAGGAGUGGCGAGCCGUCUAUCACCGCGCAUCUACAUCUGUGCAGAACAGGCUGCUUAAACUGGAAGAGAGUUAUGAGCUCAUUGAAAAGAAUCUUCAGCUACUUGGAGCUACAGCCAUUGAGGAUAGAUUACAAGAUCAAGUGCCUGAAACCAUAGAAACUCUAAUGAAAGCAGACAUCAAAAUCUGGAUCCUUACAGGGGACAAGCAAGAAACUGCCAUUAACAUUGGACACUCCUGCAAACUUCUGAGGAAAAACAUGGGAAUGAUUGUUAUCAAUGAAGGCUCUCUUGAUGGAACAAGGGAAACUCUCAGUCGUCAUUGCACUACCCUUGGUGACGCUCUUCUAAAAGAGAAUGAUUUUGCUCUUAUAAUUGAUGGAAAAACCCUCAAGUAUGCCUUAACUUUCGGAGUACGACAGUAUUUCCUGGACUUGGCUUUGUCAUGCAAAGCUGUUAUUUGCUGCAGGGUUUCUCCUCUUCAAAAAUCUGAAGUCGUUGAGAUGGUUAAGAAACAAGUCAAAGUCAUAACGCUUGCAAUUGGUGACGGAGCAAAUGAUGUCAGCAUGAUACAGACGGCACAUGUCGGUGUUGGUAUAAGUGGCAAUGAAGGCCUUCAGGCAGCUAAUUCUUCUGAUUACUCCAUAGCGCAGUUCAAGUAUUUGAAGAAUUUAUUGAUGGUUCAUGGUGCCUGGAACUAUAACAGAGUCUCCAAGUGCAUUUUGUACUGCUUCUACAAGAAUAUAGUCCUCUAUAUUAUCGAGAUCUGGUUUGCCUUUGUUAAUGGCUUUUCUGGACAGAUCCUCUUUGAGAGAUGGUGUAUAGGUCUUUAUAAUGUGAUGUUUACGGCAAUGCCUCCCUUAACUCUCGGAAUAUUUGAGAGAUCAUGCAGAAAAGAGAACAUGUUGAAAUAUCCUGAAUUAUACAAAACAUCUCAGAACGCCUUGGACUUCAACACCAAGGUUUUCUGGGUUCAUUGUUUAAAUGGCCUCUUCCACUCAGUUAUUCUGUUUUGGUUUCCACUAAAAGCCCUUCAGUAUGGUACUGUAUUUGGAAAUGGAAAAACCUCCGAUUAUCUGCUGUUGGGAAACUUUGUUUACACUUUUGUAGUGAUAACUGUGUGUUUGAAAGCUGGAUUGGAGACAUCAUACUGGACAUGGUUCAGCCACAUAGCGAUUUGGGGCAGCAUCGCACUGUGGGUGGUCUUUUUUGGAAUCUACUCAUCUCUGUGGCCUGCUGUUCCGAUGGCCCCUGAUAUGUCAGGAGAGGCAGCCAUGUUGUUUAGUUCUGGAGUCUUUUGGACCGGCCUCUUAUUUAUUCCUGUGGCAUCUUUACUUCUUGAUGUGGCAUACAAGGUCAUCAAGAGGACUGCUUUUAAAACAUUAGUAGAUGAAGUUCAAGAACUGGAGGCGAAAUCUCAAGACCCAGGAGCAGUUGUGCUGGGAAAAAGCCUCACAGAGAGGGCACAACUGCUCAAGAACGUCUUUAAGAAGAAUCACGUAAAUUUGUACCGGUCUGAGUCGUUGCAACAAAACUUGCUCCACGGGUAUGCUUUCUCUCAAGACGAAAAUGGAAUCGUCUCACAGUCAGAAGUGAUUAGAGCAUAUGAUACCACAAAGCAGAGACCUGAUGAAUGGUGAUGUGGAGGGCCUGCCAGGCUCUGCUGCGUCUCUAAGGAGAGCUCCCAGGUCUUCACCGGAAUCUGCUGACCAAUUCCACCCUGGUCCAAGGAGGGGAAAGGUGGAUCUGAGCUCAUCUGGUUGAUUGACGGUCAGACUCAUGUAUAUUAUUGACAUAAGCACUGUGCAACUCUACUGUAACACCAUCUCUUUCCGAUUUUUUUAAGUAUUUGCAAAGUCUUUGUAAACAGAAAUUGAAAAUGAUCUUGUAUCUUGCCAGACUGGUUUCUUAAACUGAGAAUAGGUCAGUAUUCUUAAGCCGUUACUCUGGGGCUGUAGCUAUCAAUUUAUUGGAUGUACAACAAGGUGACCAACCAUUAUAAAACUCUAAAAUGGUAAUAAGCUAAAGGGAUUCUUGGUUUCCAGACUUAGAUUUCAGAAUAUGCUGAAGAAAAAAAACCAGCAUUCUUAAGGAACUGACUCACCUUACUGAGCAAAAUUUCUAAACAAGACAUUAAUAAGUGUUUGUGUCAAAAAAUUGUCUCGAUAAAUGUUUGCCAAAGAAGUUCAAUAAAUGUAUUUCUCAUUCAGUAGUCAUUUGCCCAGAAAUUUAAGAGAAAGCUUACCUCCAGUUCUACUGUAAGAUCUGCAUGCUUGACUUUCCAAAUGUAAGAGUGAUUUGCAAAAAAAAUGAGUACUUCAAGGCAUUUGCUACUAAAAUCUGUGAUGUUGCACCUUCGGCCUUACAAAUGCUUUUUUCUUGUUUGUCUUGUUUAUUUGUUAAAGUUAGAGGGCACACAUGGUAAUGUGACUCUGUCAUUACGCUACUGAUUUUUAAAACUGUGUUUAUAUCUCAGUCAUUUCUAAUGAGGUUUCAUCUAGAUUUUUCUAAAACUCUGGCUUCUGCUGUAGAUUGAGUGGUGUCAUUUUGUCUUAAAGUUUUCUCUCGUAUGAGAAAUAUGCUUACAUAUUCAUGUGGGAUUUCUAAUGCUUCUGUCGAGAUGUUUGAAAUACCAUGUCAGGUAAGUGCAUGGGCUUUUGUACUGUUUUCAUUCUCCUGAUUAGUUCCCACUAGAGAUGCCUGCUGUCUUAUGUAGCACACCCUGUGUUAUGCUGACUGCCCUGUACUUAAGACUGAGAAUUACUUCACAGUUCACUUGUCAAGCAGUUCCCAAAAUUAUUCACAGGCUGCUAAUUGGGACAAAGAAGCAGUACAUUUUCCCCAUUUUAAAAACACCUAUCUUACUCAAGCCUAGAACUUGACAGUCAACACACUUUUCAUCCUGAUAAGGUUUGAACAUGCUUUAAAACAUUAUGUUCAGUUUAAUUAUUUUCAGCGUUUUCAGGACAUCUGAAAAUGCCUCUUUUGCCACCAACGGUAAAUCAUGGGGGCUGUUUAAAAACCACAAGCAGUUUUCUGCACUAUUUUUAAAAUAAUGCUUUCAUUUAGAAAAAAAAUAAAAAGGAAUUCUAGUUUUCACAUACACUUCAGAGACUGCAGCAAACUUUUUGCCUUUUAUUCAAAAGCCUGUUUGCCUUUAAGUGGAAUUACCAGCAAAAUAGAUAGAACUUCCGCUUUAAAAAAAAAAAAGUCAACUAGAGCUGAGAAGUGAUUUUCCAAAUCACUCCUUGAGUUUAAUAUAUUCACAUUCGCUUCACUCUUUUUCUCAGUCUAGAUUUAAAAUUAGGCUAUUUAUCUUUUCCUUCUCUGCAUUUUUAGCUAUUUAGUUCCAAGCAGGCCUCCCACAUUUUUUACAAAUAAGGGAGGCUAUAACACGUACAUAAUUCUAACCUGAAAGGAGCACGGAGUUGACACACUUCAAUUCCCAGGCCCUUCCCGUUCGGGGUUCAGAUUAAGAGAAUUGUGAAUCAAAGCAUCUAGCAAGACCACAGGUGUAAAAUCGCCUUCAAAAUUCUGAAGUCACAGCCUUUAACUGUCCACCGAAUGUGUAUUUAGAGCGGCUUUUCUGGGCCUCCCAGUGGUGAUACUUAAAGUCAAACCACAAAAGUCAAGAAACAAGAAUGACAUACAUUCCUCCAGAGAAAACCUAAUAGCAGUUACGGAGAACAGCUGCUUCCAUUUGCCGUCCCCUCACCAGUGGCUUUCUUCUCAAAAUUUUAAUAUCAAAAUAUAAUGAAUAUAAUAAAGUUGAAUUUUCUGACUUAAGAAAACUGAAAGUUUGAUCUUGAAACAUGGAUUUUUUUCUGUAGAGCUCUUCAAUGUGAAUAGAAUACUCAUGGUUAAUAAUGUAUAGGAUCAUGAUCUAAAAUAUGACUUAUUGAUGCUUUUUUGUCCCAUGGCCCUAUAUUUGAAGUAUCAAUACUAAGUCAGUUUCUUUGCUUCUUGAGUGGGGGGGGGGGGGUGGGCAGCAGGGAGUGAGUGACCUGCUUGGUAAAACUUAAAACACAAUGCUGCAAUUGCAGUGACUUUAGAGUGUUAGAGAAAACCCUCUGUUUUUUUAACCUUCCUAAGGAGGAAAAAUUUAAGUUUUACCAGGAUUAAAAUAAACAGUGCAAGUGACUUUUAAUGUAUAUUUUCUGAAAUAAAGGACACAUGCUCUUCAGUUAAAAAGUCCCUUAUAGGGACUCUGGCAAAUGCUAACAUCAUUGCUUUAUAAUGUUUACAAUUCAGAAAAUACUACUUACAGCAGAAACUCCUCAUUCGUUUCGCAUUGAAAAGCUGGGAGUUGCUUCUUUGACAUUAAAUAGUACACAUUGAUAUUGAGUAUGAACUUUCUCAAUGUGAUAUAUAUACACACACACAGAGGGUGCAAAAAAAAUUGUACACAUUUUAAGAAAGGAAAAAAACUAUUAAAAUUGUAAUGCUCAAUAUAUACUGAUAACAAAAGAUGAAUACAAGUCAUGUGUAUACAUUUUUUUGGCACCCUCUGUAUAUAUGUGUCUCACACCCUGAAAGAUGCUAUAUAGUAGAAAUUAUCAGCAGGAAAAUGUUGUUUCUCAGGAAUGUAGUAAAUUUAAAAUAAUAUACGUGCCGCCCACCCUCCCACACCCCACUCUAUGUUUGAUAUGAGCCUGCUCCAGCAGUGUUGCAAAGUUAAUGGGAAACUUUUUCAAAUCAAGUCAGGUAAACAUGUAGUCAGCUCGACAAUAUUAUCCAUUGACAUGAAUUGUAUUGUCAUUAAAUGGAAUCAGUGAUUCCUCUUAAUUUCCGGGGGGCGGGGGGGAAUGCAUUCAAGAAAUCAAUAUUCUGAUCAUUACAUUUUAUAUUUUAAUUUUGCAUUUCAGCAUUCUAAAUAUCUGACAUGAAAGUCACAUGAUAAUUUGUUGAGCAUUGUGUGCACUGUACAUCACUUAUAAUCCGUCAUUUAAAACAUUCUUUCAGAAAAUGAAUGCUAGUCUAAAAGUAAUAGAUUGUAUAUUUGUAGUUUUUAAUUAUUUAUAAAAAUGUCAUUAUUGCAAAGCUAAAUAAUCAUUAGUGUUUAUUUUUGUGCAGUUGCCCUUUGAUAGUUCCUGGUUUUAAAACUUAUAUCAAGUAAAUCUAUAAUCUCCUAAUCAUCUACAAAAUCAAGAAAAUGCCCACCCCGCUCACUUCCUGUGGUCCAGGCCUAUGAAUUCUUUUUGUCAAUUGCUUAAUGUAACACCAUGCCAUUCAGUAGCUAAUUAAUGCUUUUUAAUGAUGAAUAUUUGUAUAAUGCCUCUUAAAGAGACCAUCGUCUCAUUUUUCUCACAUUAAAAUAACUGAGUCACUUGUGAAACUUAGUUAUACUUUCCUGCAUUUUAAUUAACCUUCAACAGCUAUUAAAAUGGAAUGUAAGAUAAAUUUUGAAGGAAAGGAAAUAAAUGUUUUCCAUUUUCCAUCUGGAUUUAUUUUCUGUAUGAGAGCAGCUGUGUUUUUGAUAGAUUUAUGGUUUGCAUGAAUUAAUAUUUAAAGUGGUCUAGGCCAAUGCAUGGCUAUUGCUGUAAAUCUUAAUGUUUAUUUCUGCCUUAUAAAAUUCUGUCAUGGCUUACCUGGAAUUUAAUAUUCAGUGGACAAAUUAAUUGGUCCUCAGCACAACUUUUUUUAAUAAGUAAAUUAUUUUACAAAUUUGAACAAAUUUAAUUGAAACUUUUGUUUAGCUUGCCUCUGAGAACUUUUCUUAAUAAAGCUCACAAAACUUCUCAGCAAAUAAAUCUUCCUUAAGUAGAAAAAAAAAGCUAGAUUUCAUAGUUGCUUACUUUGAAUUACCAGCAACUUUCCAUAGGUAAAUCUGCUCUUGCAAAGAUGUGAGUAGAAUAUUAAAAAAACAAUAAAUAUUUUUGUGUUUCAUGAUUCUAGAACAGAAGCCAUAAAUUCAGUAAAUACUGUUUGUUGUUUGUUUUAGUACUUCAAGCUUCAUUUUUCACAUUUUCAAGUUUAUUAGGUUAAAAAAAAAAGGCAGCCUUGGAAGGCAGCUACUAUGGAAAAUUGCAGUUUGCAUUAAAGAUAAAAUAGUAUUUUCAGCUCCAUGAAAAACCAUUCCUGCUGAAACCGGUAGAAAUUGUGAAGCUGCAUGAGUGGAGAGUGUUGAAUCUGUGAUUAUAGUAGUUUUCUCAGGUUUGUUUAUCUCAAUGUUCAAUGCACUGUGUUUUAUAAAUAGUUAUUAAAGUUGAGUAAUAUUCAAUUCUAUGCAGUGUUACGUGUCAUUGGCCUUUCGUGAAUGUGCAUGUUUUAAACUGCAAAUUUUAAACAUUUUGUCCUCUAAUUGUUAUUAAAAAUGAAAUAAACUUUACCAUUAC